GAAAACAGGAGAUAUUUUUGAGCAGAUAGGGUUCCUCUCUUUCAUUCUCUCUCCAACAUGGCUGCUUUCUAUCUCUACACGUUCAACCUCAUUCCUCACUCUCACUCUUCUUCUGCUUCAUCAAACCCUGAUUCACUCUCGAAUCUCAAUUCCAUCAGUGCAAAAAUCGAUAAACGAAGAAGCAGUUGCAGAACCAGUGGGUUCACUGUGCUGUCUACGCACUCUAAUCCUAGAAUUCUCAAGUCCAAUCGCAGGUCACGCUAUGGACAAGUGCUCUCGCCUUACGAUACUGAUGACAAUGCGGGGGAUGAGGAUGGAGAUUGGUUCUUCGAUGAUGAAGAUUCUGAGACAGAAGAGUUUGAUGCUGAUCGGAAAAAAUUUAAGUCACAGAAGGGGAAUGAUACAAGACAAGGUAGCCGGAGACGACUAGAAGAAGACCAGAGCAUUAGAUCAUUAAAAUCUGAAGGAAGUUUUAAUAUUUCCAAAGGAGAAUUGGAUGUCAAAAAUGGGAAAAACACCAUUGGGAGUUCUUAUCAUACUUUCAACAAAUCAGAAGAUUAUGAUUCAUCAGAAAUGCAUGGGAUAGGAAAGCUGAAGCCCAGGAAAUCUACAGAGAACAAAUACUGUCGGUUAUCAGAAGAAAUAGAUUUAGAUGAGAAAUGGUUUCCACUUCUUGAUUACCUGAGCACUUUUGGACUUAAGGAAUCACAUUUUAUCCAAAUGUAUGAGAGGCACAUGCCUUCCCUUCAGAUUAAUGCAUGUUCUGCACAGGAAAGGUUGGAGUACUUGUCAAGUGUUGGUGUCAAACACAGAGACAUCAAAAGAAUUAUUUUGAGGCAGCCACAAAUUCUAGAGUAUACAGUGGAGAACAAUCUGAAGUCCCAUGUUGCUUUUUUGGUGGGUUUGGGUAUUCCAGAUUCUAGAAUAGGGCAUGUAAUUGCUGCUGCUCCAUCUUUGUUUUCUUAUAGUGUGGAGAAUUCAUUGAAACCCACAGUGAGGUACUUGAUCGAAGAGGUUGGUAUUAAGAAAAAUGAUUUAGGGAAAGUUGUGCAGUUAAGCCCUCAAAUACUGGUUCAGAGGAUUGACAAUUCAUGGAACACCCGCUAUAGUUUUCUCUCAAGAGAAUUGGGAGCUCCCAGAGAUAGUAUAGUGAAAAUGGUUACUAAACAUCCCCAGCUUCUUCAUUACAGCAUUGAGGAUGGAUUUCUGCCUAGGAUAAAUUUCCUGAGAAGUAUUGGAAUGCGUAAUUCUGACAUCUUGAAAGUUUUAACAAAUCUUACACAGGUACUAUCUCUAUCACUGGAGGAUAAUCUAAAGCCUAAGUACAUGUACUUGGUCAAUGAACUUCGAAAUGAGGUUCAUUCCUUGACCAAAUAUCCUAUGUAUUUAAGCUUGUCUUUGGACCAGAGAAUUCGUCCUCGCCAUAGGUUCUUGGUUUCCCUAAAGAAAGCCCCAAAGGGGCCAUUUCCUCUGAGUUCAUUUGUUCCAACUGAUGAAUGCUUUUGUCAGCAGUGGGCUGGGACUAGUCUUGAUAGUUAUUUGGCCUUUCGACAGAGAUUACUACUCAAAGAUUUUGCAAAGAAGUAUGAGAAGCGAAGAUAACAGAUCUAUUUCAACUUUGUCAUAAGUUUACUAGCAUGAUCAUUGGAAGAGCGAGUGAUCUUCCUGAAACUUCAACAACUGAUAUAGUUAUUUUUGGGAUACUUCUUGGAAGAUUUCUGAGUGAAGCUCAGAUUUCCAAUGACUAUGAGCCCUGUGCCACUAUAUGUGCAGAAACCAUGCCACUGUCAUAUAUAAGCUCUGUCAAGUCAAUAUAACAAUUACAUACGCAAUCUAAGGCGUGUAGAAGGGCUUUGUUAACUUCCGUUGAUUGACAAUAUCAAAUGACACCAGUGCCCAAUCCUCUAUUUUAAGGUUUUCAUCCUAACAGCAGCAGAUCCUCGUGGGAACAGCGUUGAGGUUGCAAUUUGUACUUACUGUCUUUCACAGCAGAAGGGAACUCCGGUCUUUUUCUUUUUUUUUUCUCCCUUUCUGUCCUUGAGACAUUUUUUGUACCACUCUUCUCCUUUUCACAUCUUAGCGGAUUUUGUCAUCUUACUGCAUCAAGAAUUGCCACCAAGUGGAUUUUGAACUUUGCAGAGUACUGUUGAUUUUAUUUCCCCCGUCAUGCAUUCAAAGUUAUGUUCUAAGCUCUUCCAUUUCCUGUUUUACUCUGCUUUUGUCUUCUGGCUGCUAGCCAUGGUGUAAUCUCCUCUGAACCAGUGAUUGAUGUUCAUCCAAUGAAUUGAACGAAAUGAUUCAGCAAUUCACUCCUUAAAAA